CCUGUUCUGAGGGGGCAGAGUGUGUGGUCUGAGGGACCCAGCUGAUCUGAGGAGCCAAGUCAGAGGCAGUCCACUUUCAAAGCUUUCUCUGCACAGACCAGAGAAAACAAGCCAGGGGUCUGAAGAUGAUGGAGAAGAUGAAACAGACUCUGUGGAGAUUCUUUUUCUUGGUCAUCUUUGUUCUGGAGCUCAGCUGGAUGACUAAGGGUUACAGCAUGCACAGGGAGAGAGGAAGUAGGGUGAUGAGGCAGUGGGAAAAAGAGGUGCGGUCAGCGUCGAACUUGGAUGAGUUGCUGAGACUCACAGACUUUCCAGACUGGAAGUUAUGGAAGUGUCGUCUGAGGAUGCAACAGCCAGAAACGUUCUCCUUUCCUACUUCAGUGGGGUCACACCGCUCCACUCGCUACGCUGCAGAAUCAUACAACCUGGAGAUACUUAAAGCCAUAGAUGAAGAGUGGCAGCGUACUCAGUGUAUGCCCAGGGAGACCUGUGUUGAUGUAGCCAAGGAGCUGGGCACUGACCCCACCAUCUUUUUCAAGCCUCCCUGUGUGUCUGUCCACAGGUGCAGCGGCUGCUGCAAUCAAGAGGGUGUAACCUGCAGGAACACUUCUGUUGCAUAUGUCAACAAAACUCUCCUAAGUGUGAUUCCCUUCAAGUUUGUACCAGAACCUGUGUUAAUAAAAGUAGCCAACCACACUGAGUGCAGGUGCAUGGAGCCUGCAAUCAUCCGCCGUAAUGCUCAGCCACAGCGGAGCAGCGGCUGUUCUCUGAUGGGCCAGCUGUCAGAGUUUGAGGACUCCAGGAGACUGUGUGCCACUGGCUGGAUUUGGGAUUGUUCCUCUGAGAGAUGCAUACCCUACCCCUCCACUGGACCAGUGCUUCCACUCAGUUCCUGGAUGCCAGACUGUGAGAUAGAUGUGGAGCGGUGUGACUGCCUCCCCAAACCCGAGCCUCUUCUCCAGCCCAGACCGGUCCACCGGUGUCAGCACAACUCUUCCAUCUGUGCCCACAGGCAUCAGCGUUUUGAUAAAGCCUUACGCAGAUGCAGACCACCCAAGUAGAAGUUCACCAGGGAUUAAAUUUAUUGACAAGUUGCUCAUCUUAAAACAGCAACAGAGAAAAUAAUUUCCUAUAAUUUAUUUUCAGUACUAUUUAUGGAGAUCACUGUAAUAAAACUUCAGUCUGGAGUUUUUCCUUUUCAGGAUUUAUGUUUUUUUUUUAAUUCCUUAAAAGUAAUAGGCUUACCUUGUGCUGUGAAAUAAUGUAGGCAAUAAGGAGCCUAACCCAGACUUUCCAAAAGAUGCAAAAGUGGCGUGUAAUGUCAUAGAGGCAUUUUCCCCGCAAGCUCCCUUCCAACUCACAGCCAUUCAGACACAAAAUGGAAGCCGAAACAUUCCACAUAGCUGGUCCCACGAGGUCGCAAAAUCACGGGAGAAUUACAAUACCACACGUGACUUCGGAAGUCCACACGAUAACAAGCAAGGAGCGUGUAUCGAAGAAGGUCUGUAGUUUAUUUUCUGUUUUGUUUACCUCAGCUAUGGCGGUAUCACAGGUAAUGACAUAAAUUUCCUAAUAGUUGGGAAACUGGAAGUCUACGUGACUUUUUAUUUAGAAAGUUUUUGGACGUUUUAUACUGCUAUUGUGUUUGACUUCCUGUCUGGUCCGAUCUGACAUGUUUUGGAAAUGUAGCACGUCAAAAAAAAAAAAGACUCGAAACAUAAGCGGUGGGCAGGAACCCUUUCACUAAAAUGUCGACUAAUUGCAGUGAAGUACGUUUCAUGCAGUUUCCUGUCUGGUAGGAGAAAGUCUCCUCCCCUUCUGGUCAGCUCAUGUGUCACCUGUAUCGCGUUUAAAGCGUGCCACAACCCGUGCACGCGCAUUGGGUCCACAGCGCGCAUGUGAACGGGACUCGCGAGCGAAAAUAUACAUGGCGAGAGGUCAUUUGUGCACUGAGAGGGAGCAAACUGUGUCUGUGAGCGCACAAGGAUGUGCACAAGUGACAAACCUGCGUGCGCGCGUUGCCAACGAGCACACGGCAGAGGAAAACGUGCGCGCGCGGCAGCCUCUCUGCGCGCUCGGUAGCCUCUGCGCGCUCGGUUUCUAAUUCCGCUCGCUCGGCUGUGAGGAGUUUUGGCACUCUGGAGGCGUGGCCUGUGGCAGAUCUUCCCUAUCCUCUGAUUGGUUAGUUUACCCCGCACUUUACUCUCUAGCUAUCUAUAUAAAAAAAUCUGAUAUUCAGCAGUUGCUGGCAUAGCUCAGCUGGGAGAGCAGGCGACUCUCACUCUGGAGGAUCCAGGUUCGAGUCCGGCCAAGUAACAUAGAGUUGAUGUCAUAUUAUUCUUUCCUAAUUCCUGUGAUAUUAUUUUACAGUUGUGACCGUUCAACUGUCAUUAAAUGUCCGAAUGUUUGCUGGGCAGUGUUUUAAAAAGUGCACAUAAGCUAGAUGGUUUUAACCAGGUAAAAAUAGACUUGUGGGUGUAGGUAUGUUCAAGUUUAAAAAGUUCUUGCCUCAUUAAUGUAUUGUUUAUUUUUUUCAGCAUUUAAUUGACAAAUUAUCCUUUCAAAUAAUUAAUUGAUGAGUUACAUAAUUGUCCAUUUAGAAUUGUUGAAUGGACUGAGUCAAGUUUGGUGCACUUUAUAUAUUUCAAAACAUGUUUUUUUUUAUUAUGCAAAUAAAUAAUUUUAAUGUUAAUUUAUUGAAAUAUUUCUAUUUCUUCAUUACCUCACCCUUGUUUUGACAAAAACAAGACCUUGCUGGAUAAUAUCACGGAGAAACUAUUUGUUCACAGUACUUGGCUCAGUGAGGAUCUGUAUACCAAAGGAGGAGAUGCUCAGAAAUCUGUCUGCAGAUUGUUACAACCCAGACUGGAAGUGGUGGGCUGUAAUAAGAAAGGAGACCAAACAGAGGAGUGGGGGUUCAACAACUGAUUUAUUUAACCAAAGUAAGGAUUUACUAAAGCAGAUCAGUGCAGUCAAGAAUUACUGGUGUUUGGGUAGUCCUGAACGUGUUGUGAUGCCCCCACCGUCUCAUUGGGUUUUCAUUUGUGUUUAAUUGUGU